AUGGAAGGCAGCAGUGGUAAUAGUAGUGGUAGUGAUGGUAAUAAUGGUCAUGAUACAACUACUGUUCAUGGCCAUGAUACAAGAACUAUUCAUGGUCAUGAUGUCGCGGUAUUAAGUGCUACUUGUUUAAAUCAAGAACAAUUAGUCCAUGAAUUAGAAAGUAAAUAUCUAAAUCUAAAGACUGAAUAUUCCUUCCUAGAGAAAGAACACGAGGUUUUAACAAGAGAGAAGAAACAUAUUGUGGCACAAUAUGAACACAUGACUCAAGUUGUAGUAGAGAGAGAAGAAGAGACACGAGGAUUGAAGCAACAAUUGGUACAAGUGACAACAGAGAAGGACGCACUGACAUUGAAAUGCCAGACAGCCACGUCAUUAGCUGAACGUCGACUCUUAGAGGUAGAAGAGUUACAGACGACAGUUCGAGAAAACAAUCAGAGACUGAUAGAGGCACAACGUCAAGAGAUGGAGGCAUUAGAGCGUGCAGCAAAGCAAGAAGCACAGGUCGCACUAUUGACACACGCAAUUUCGAGAGCUAAGAAAGAGACGGAAGCAGCACAGCAACAUUCACAAUGGCUAGAGACACAACUUUAUGAGAAAACCAAGACAGUGCAGGAGCUUCGACAGGAGCUUGCAAAGCACAUACACGACUUGGAGGAGCUGAAGAUUCGUAGUACGGAAGAACUGACAUCGGGAAAACGACAACUUGCGAGUGCACGAUUGGCUACGAAGAAGAUGGAAGCUGCGUUGAUUAAGAGUAAGGAGGCAAUGAAGGAAUUGCAGGCCUCCAAGGUACAUGAUGAAGAGGCGCUGCUGAAUGAGCUGAAUGCACAGCGUCGACUCGCGACGUUGUACCAGGAAUCAGCGACCGAUGCCUCUGCUCGCGUUACGGAACUGCAGGCGUUAUGUGAUUCGUUGCGCAAAUCACUGUCAGAUUCGGAACAAGCACUGGCUCGUGAGACAGAACGUACGAAAGAGCAGGUUGAGCAUUUGUUCCGUGAACAAGCUGAGGCUUCAGAAGCUCGCAUUCAGGCAUUACAGGACGAUCUAGAAAACGCGGAGCAAAAAGUCAAAGAGCUCGAAAAGAAAAAGAUAUUUUCAAUGCAAACAGUCAGUGCUGUGGCUGAACUAUCCUCAAGUGCGGGCGAAGCUCAUUUGGCAGCCCACGGUUUGACACCUAAGAAAAUGUACGAUCAGAUUGUCGAGCUAGAAGAGAUGCUCCAAGCGGAGCGCAACGAAAAGGAUAAACUGCAGCUCUACAUGGAUCGAAUUGUCAAGGAAGUACAAGAAAAGGCACCGAUUCUUAUGGGUUUGCGGCUGGAGCACGAGCGCACUGUUGCCAGUCACACACAAGUAAGCGAACGGCUGGAACAGUGCAUGCAAGAGCUGGCAAAGAGCAAAAACAACGAGCAGCAUGCAUGGAAAGAGAAGAUUGCGUUUGAGAAGAAAUGCAAGUCGCUUGGUCAGAGCGUGGACGAUCUGUCACGUCAAGUGCAGCACUUGCUCUUCCGCUCACAGGAUUCAAAUGGACAAUUGGGUAACUUUGGAUCAGGCGACGUUGGGUCCGAGAAUUUGGUGGUUUUUAAAAAUGUAGAGGAGCUACAGGUGCGAAACCAACAGUUGUUGACGGUCAUUCGCGAGCUCACUGAGAUGAACAAAUCUACGACAGGUGAAAAAAUGAGUAAUACUUUGAGUGAUGCCAAGUCUGUGAGUUCGACGGCACAUUUGAUUAUUUCUGGUGACUCGGACGAUGAAUUAGACCAAAUUGGUGCCUCCAACGCGAUUAAGAAGCGCUUGUUGAUGGCUCAUAAAGAGAUUCAGGAACUGCGUACUGAACGAGAACAGGAACGCGAGAUGAUCACAGCUAUCGUGAAACAGCGUGAUAUGUACCGUGUGUUGCUGGCUCAGUCUGAUACCAAAUUCCUGCAAGACGGCGCUGCAUCUAGCAGCAAUGGCGGUCAAACAAGUUCUGCUCUAGUAACGAGACCUCACAACGAUCACGGCUCACUUGACCUCGUCGAGAGCAGAAAACUCCGAGAGAUGCAGAUGGAGUUUGACAAUUACAAAAUUGAUAAGCAAGCUAAUUUCAAACUGCUGCAGGAAACUCUUGACCAAGAACGCGUCAAGGUUUCGGCGUCAAGGUUAGCGCAGAUGCAAGCGCAGGUGGAAGCUACAUGCAACAAAGAGCGUUUUGAAGCAUCGGAGGAGCGAUGCGCCAACGCAGAGAAGGAGCUAGUACGUUUGCGGUCCAAGUCGGAUCACUUGAGCUCACUGAUUCUGCAGCAUCAGCAAGUGCUGGCAAGUACUGAGGCCAAGUUAGAAACUGCAACGUCGCGUCUGCAAGGUCUCACUAUCGAAAAAGACUCGGCUGUCCGCGAGGCGAGUUUCUUGCGCAAGAAUGAGGAAAAAAUACAGCAGGAGCUGACCACUUUGCGGCUUGACAACACGAAUUUGCUCAAGCUUAUGGAGUCGACACGUCGCAUGGAGAGCGGUCGUGAGGAGCGUGACCGCCGGGAGGUGGAGAUUUUAACGAAGAAAGUGACUAUCCUUGAGAUGAAGCUGCACGAUGCGUACGAAAAGGUUGAUGUGAAGGAAGUUACAUGUGGAGCACAAGUUUUGACUGCUGAGAGAGAGAAACAGGCAGCAGCUGCAGAGUUGGCAAAACUUAAGGAGACACAUGGAAAACUAAAGGAACAGCAUGGACGGCUUGAAGAGCAGAAAAAAGCUCUGGAAGAGAAAUCAAUUUUGCUUGAAAAGGAAACCACGCAUUUGCGUGAGCAGCUACGAAAAGGAGCAGGUGCCGCAGCAUCUGAACGAGUAGCAGCGCUGGAGGUCCAACUUCGUGAUGCUGAGCGCACAGUGCAAGCAUCCUUGGUUUCGAGGAAGACGCUAACUGAAAGCGUGACAAAGUACAAGGCUUUGGCUGAAGCCAGCGAGAAGAGUUUGGCCGAACUGUCUAGCGCUAGUGAGAAAUGGAAGCAGACGGAGGCGGAGAAGGUGCAGGCGCUCGAGAAAAGUCGCAACUACUUAAGUGAGGAGCUGGCGAAGGUCCGCGUAGAGCUGAAGGAGCAUAUUACCGAGAACAAGAGUUUGCGUGAAGAGAUGGAUCAAGCUGAAAAGACACACAAGCAGUCGAUUCUCGAAACGACGGAAAAACAGAAAAUGUUGCAGUUUCAAGCAGAGAGUCAGGUGCAACAGAUGAAUAGCAUGCGCGAUGAAAUGACAAAAAUGAAACAUGAGUUGGAAUCGACACAGGAAAAUUAUGAGCGCGAAUUGCAGCUUCACGCAGCCGAAGUAUCCAAGUCGUCGACAUCUCGUCGAGAAAUGGAGCAACUUCGACAGACUGUAGGUGAAUACGAGACUGAGAUUGAAGCGUUGAAGGCGAAGCUGCUGGCAGUUGAGCAGGAGGCGCAACUUCAAUUAGAUACGUUUCAGAAGCGCCUUGACGAAGCGGUUAACGCUAAAAAUGCUGUCGUCGAACAGAACAAGUUGUUGCACUCCCAGCUUGAGCGCGCGGCGACUCAGGUACGUCGUGCGCACGAGCAAGAAAUGCUGAAGGUGGUAGACACACCACUGUCUGUGUCAAACCAGGAAGCUGGUGAAGGGGCUGCUUCAUCAUACACGUACGAAAAAGAAAUCGAUGAUCUCCGGAGUGUUGUAGCGUACUUGCGACGGGAAAGCGAGAUUACUGAAUCAAAGCUCGAGUUGUCCCAGCAAGAAGUCCAACGUGGCCGCGCCCAAAUCUUCAGCUUAGAAUCUAUGAUCGAACGACUUCGUGGUGAAAUUAAGACGUUAACUGAUGCAGCAAGUGGAGUUGGCAAGCAGACUAUAACGACUUCAGCUGCAGAUGAGAAGCGCGUUGCCCAAUUGGAACAGUUGAGCCUAUUGCGCGAGAGUAAUGCGACCUUGCGCGAUGAGAACCAAAAGAGUUUGGCAAAGCUUACGGCAGAGGAGACGAAGGUGAGGAGCCUUGAGGCUAAGCUUGUGCCUUUGCAGAACGCUGAGACAGCUUUAAAGAUCCAAGUGGCGUCGUUGAAGCAGGAAGUUGAAACACUCAAUGAUGCGAACAAACGCUGGAAGCAGCGAGUGGAUCAGCUUGUUGAGAAGUAUCAGCAGAUUGAUCCGGCUGAACACGAUAAGGUUGUUGCUGAGAAAGAAGCUCUGACGAAAGAGCUUACGGAAUUGAAGGCCGAGCGAAAUGUUUUGAACAACGAGCUAGAGACCCUACGUUCUAGUGGUGGUAAGGAGCUGGAAGAAGAAAAGAAAAAGGUUGAAAACUGGAGCAAGCAGUAUGAACGAAUCAAGGGCUUUGCAAAGAACUGGAAGAACAAAGCCGAGGCUUUGACCAAGCAACUUGCGGAAAAGAACAAGGAAACAGAUGAUGGCACAAGCACUAUUUCCACACUGGAGGCCAAGCUCCGAUCUGUUCAAGCACAAAUUAACACUGUCACGGCUGAAAAGGCUGCUUUGGAAGCAAAGUUGUCAGCGUGCGAGGCGGCUAAACAGGAUAGUGCUACAGCUGCUAGUAGUGCGAACGCGUCGUGGGAGAAGGAGCGUCAAACCUUGAGAGCUCAGUUGGAUCUUGAAACCAAAAAAGUUCGCAAUUGA